UGAACCAGGUGUGGCUGAUCGCUUUAGCCAGGUCUACUCAUGCCCGGAAGAUAUUGACUUAUAUAGUGGUUACCUAAGUGAACGUCGGUCCCCAGGGAGUAUUCUGGGGCCCACGGGACAGUGUCUUGUGGGGAUGCAGUUUAAGAGGCUUCGUGAUGGGGACAGAUACUUCUUCGAGAGAAGAGAUUAUCGCUAUCCUUGGAUCGGAUUAUCAAAAGCUCAACUUAGGGAAGUCAAAAGAGUAAGGAUGUCUGACAUAUUCUGUUUGAACACUUCAAUUGAAAGAUUACAGAGAAAUGUAUUCUUGCAGCCCGACACUGGAACAAGAUUUUCAAGAAACAGUUUGGAGUACUGUAAUACCAGAUUCGGUGUCAAUUUAAACUUUUGGAGGGAUCGAUUUCAUAGCUGAUGUGUAUUAUGUUUCAAAACAUUAACUCUAAUAAAUUCUGGUAUUGCCAAAAUUG